AAUCAUUUUAAUACAUUCACGCAUACGACAGACAAUACAAUACAAUGGUGAUUGUGAUGAAAAUAAUGAAAAAAAUGAUCAACAUAUUUAAUUAAAAUUAACAUUUUAUUUGUACCAUUUUAUAUUAAAAACGAAAUCAAUGCAGAUCAAUUAAAAUUUAUUUGUUUUAUUUCAUUUGUCAAGAACAAAUAAUAUUCAAUAUAAAAUGGCAUCUAGGGAUAAAGGAGGAAAUAGGACCGAUGACCAUAGUGUUGAGACUCUGGCAGAAGUAUUUCGAUGUUUCAUUUGUAUGGAAAAACUUCGUGAUGCUCAUUUGUGUCCACAUUGUUCAAAAUUAUGCUGUUAUGUUUGUAUUCGACGUUGGCUAACUGAACAACGAUCACAAUGUCCUCAUUGUCGUGCUGCCCUUCAUCUUCAUGAAUUGGUCAAUUGUCGUUGGGUGGAAGAAGUCACACAACAACUUGACACCUUACAAGCCGUUUCAAAUAAUUCAAGUCGUGAUGAAGCUGACCGAGAUCGAUGUUCAACUCAUCAUGAAAAAUUAUCUGUAUAUUGUUGGACUUGUCGCUGUUGUAUCUGUCAUCAGUGUGCUUUAUGGGGUGGUACUCAUUCAGGGCACACUUUUAAACCAUUGGAAGAAGUUUACGAACAACAUAUCACACAAAUCAAGGAUGAAGUAGCUCAACUUAGACGACGUUUAAUGGAAUUAAUUAGUAUUGUUCAAGAAGUGGAACGGAAUGUUGAAUCGGUGCGUGCAGCGAAAGAUGAACGAGUUCGUGAAAUUCGAAAUGCUGUUGAAUUAAUGAUCGCUCGUUUAGAUUCACAAUUGAAAACAAAACUAUUCACAUUAAUGGGACAGAAGAACUCGUUAACCCAAGAAACUGAACAAUUAGAGCAUUUACUUCAAGAAAUUGAGCAUCAACUGCAUACAUGUACAAGAUCGGAAUUGAUCACGAAAAGUGCUGAUUUGUCUCGAAUGAUACACGCUGUCAGGAAAAAACCUAUGGCUAGUUUUGUUACUGCUCCAGUUCCUGCUGAUUUCCAUAGUGAAAUCGUGCCAGGAUACGAUAGCAGUAUGUUUGUUUUACAAAAGUUUAGUGUAUUACAAGCAAAAGCAGAUCCAGUCUACUCACAUCCAUUACAUGCGAAUGGUUUAUGUUGGCGAUUAAAAGUAUAUCCAGAUGGCAAUGGUGUAGUUCGUGGCAAUUAUCUAUCUGUCUUUUUAGAGCUCAGUGCUGGCAUGAUGGAGACAUCCAAAUAUGAAUAUCGUGUAGAAAUGAUUCAUCAAAAUUCACGAGAUACUUCCAAAAAUAUUGUACGAGAAUUUGCUUCUGAUUUUGAAGUUGGUGAAUGUUGGGGAUACAAUCGUUUCUUUCGAUUAGAUUUAUUAGCUACCGAAGGUUAUCUAGAUACACAAAAUGAUGCGUUAUUUUUAAAAUUCCAAGUACGACCUCCAACUUUCUAUCAACGUUGCAGAGAUCAACAAUGGUAUAUAAAUCAAUUACAAUCAAUGCAAGCACAAUAUUUAAAUCAAAUUAAUGAAUUAAAAGAUAGGUUAGCAGUUGAAAUGUCUAGAAAUACUGUAUCUGCAACACUUGGAAAUAGUUCCUCAAAUCAAGCUAUCAUAGUUAAUCACGUGAUGCCUGCUCCUCCACCUCCUUCGUUAAGUGGUGUAUGUGAUAUGAUGGAUAGAUCACAUCAGAAUAGGAUUAUUGAUUCUGUACCACAAUCAAAUAGAUCUAAUGGUAAUCAUUCAAUAAAUCAACUAACUAAUCAACCAUCACCGUCCAGUGUAUCAAUUGGUACAGUUCCUGUGUUAGAUAUCCAUCAAACAGAAUCAAUAUCCACCAUAUCAUCAGCAUCAGCAUCCUCAACAACUAGUCAACCUACUAAAUCAAUUAUAAGCACUGGAGCUGCUGGUACUAACACUGGUGGUACUGCAAGAGUUCUAUCAUCCACCACAAUAAUUACGAAUACGAACAGUGGACAUGGUGGACAUGGAGGUCAAGCUCAUAGUAGUCGAGAAGCUAUACGUGAACCAAAUCGUACACCUAGCAUACAAACAUCAUUAUCAAGUCCUGAUCUAUUAAUGACACUUGCUCUUAACAUGGGCAUUAGUAGCAGUGACAGUGGGGAUUUAAGUGAACAUGAAGGAUCCAUUGAUGAAUGUGAACAUCAUGAAGCGAACGUAGGAAUAUUGGAUGAAAAUUCAAACGAUGAAAAUGAUGUGGAUGAUGAAACUAUGUCAGGUGAAAAUGAUGUCGAAUAUGCAGAAUUUUCGAUGGCACAACGUUUAUUAUUAAAUAAUGGAAGUAAUCAUGCUAGUGAAACAUCACAUGCUGCUGCACAUAAUACAUUGGGUCAAGAUCAAAGAGAUCGUACAAGUAAUAAUAGUGGAAGUGUUGGUGGAAUCCAUCAUCAUGGAACAAACAACAGAUCACGACCUAGCACGGCUGGUGAGAGUUUAGAUGAUGAAAUCAUGUUGUUGCAUUUAUUUGAAAUGCAUGAUCGUAACAACAGCAAUACAAAUUUAUCAGAUUCGAGUACAUCUUGGAUAAGUGCUUCACCUCAUGCUCCUAACUCAAGUAAUAGUUCCCGUUCCAGCAGUCAAGUGAAUGGAAAUAAUUGUGAUUUAAGUGAAAUUUUUGACAAUUUUCAUUUUGAUAUGAUGAUAUCACCGCAAGCGGAAAACGUUCGACUAACAAAGUCAACCAGAGAAAAACCCACAUCAGACACAUCAAUUAAAACACGUAACAAUCUGGUUGGAUCUGGUAUACCGCGUGCAAUUCGACGAACUGGCCCCUACACGAUAUCAGCGUUAACGCAAGACGACAUGAUGUUCCAACCAUCAUCGUCUCAAAACAAAACACCACAACAUCAAUGGAACGAUCCUUCAAAUGGUUCAUCUUCAAAACGACCGGACAAAUUAACACCGUUUGAAACAUUUUUGGAUACUUUACAAUUUUCACCAUUAUUAACGGAAAAGUGUCGUACAAAUCGAUUGAACAUAGCAGCAAGCACAAGUGCAAGUAAUCAUCAUCAAGCAGCACAAGUACAACAAGCAUCUAAUUCUUCUGGUGGUGGUGGUGUUCGUGAUCGUGAUAGAACACCGUCACCACCUAGAAUAGCACCAUCACCAUGUCCACAACCUCAUUCAGACGGUUCAACCGUAUUCAGUUGGACACCAGCUUUACUUGGAAGGAAACAACCUUCAAAACAACAACAUGGAACUGUUGUUACACCACCAACAACAACAAAUAAUAACAAUCUAAAUAACUUGGUAACUGAUGCAGUUAACAAUCAACCUGAGAAAGAUAAAAAGAGUGACGAUAGGCCAACAAAUAACCAUGACCAAGGCUCAUCGUCGUCUGCAUAAAAUGUUUAAAUUAAAAUAAAGUAAAAUAAAUUGUAUGAUAAUUAAUUAAUUAUAUAUUUAAUGAUUAAAAAGUAUUUCUUUGUGACAUAAAACAGUGUAGACAUUAAAUUUGUUUGCACUGUGUGUGAAUUAAUUUAAAAAUUAAAUUCAAUUGAAUUACAUGAAUAAAAAUAAAUAUAAAAAUAUUGAUCGUACUGCCAAUCAUAUCGAAUUAAAU